UGAACCACGGAGAGAGCACACGAUGAGGACUCAACCAAAUAUCAUUGUGACUGGCACGCCAGGAGUUGGCAAGACGACUCACUGCGAGACUCUCGCCCAAAACACAGGCCUGAGACACCUUUCCAUCAACGAUAUUGUCAAGGAGCGCGGCUGUCACGAUGGCUACGAUGAGGAUUUCAAGAGCUGGAUCGUGGACGAAGACAAGCUACUUGAUUCAAUAGAGGAUGAGGUGAAGCAAGGGGGUUAUAUCAUCGAUUGGCACGCGUGCGACUUGUUCCCGAGAAGCUGGAUUGAUCUCGUUGUAGUCCUGCGGGUGGACUCGACGCUUUUGUAUGAUCGGUUGAAGGCAAGAGACUACCCGGAAGCAAAGCUGCAAGAGAAUCUUGACUCGGAGAUCAUGGAGGUUCUUCUACAAGAGGCGAGGGAUUCUUACGAUGAGGAGAUUAUCGUCGAACUUACGAGCAAUACCUCGGAUGAGAUGGAGAGCAAUAUUGAGAGGAUUGAGAUGUGGAUUGGCCAGUGGAAGAAGAACAACGUUGAGGGUGCUCAAUAAGUUGUUUACGGACUAUUCAUUGUCUAUGGAAUCUCAAGGCUCUUGCAGCCAGGUCUUGAGUUUCUCUAAGGCCAGGAAGCGAUGGGAGAUCUUGUUCUUCUCUACUUUGUCCAUCUCGGCAUACCUAGAGUGGUCAGUAAACGGGCGCGGGGGAGGUUUCCGAAACUCACGUCUUGCCCUCAUACUCGAAUAUCGGAUCCCAUCCUGGGGAAAAUCAGCAAGUGGAAAGCACUACAAGCUUUGGGGCCCUACCAAAAUUUGCUGGGCCUCUUGCUGGUACAAUCUGGCCCUUGGAUAUGUCAGAUGAGCAGGCCAAAAACGGUUCAGAAAACUCACGUCUGUUCUGCCUUGGAAGAUGAUUGGCUCGUGACCAGGGCCUUCACAGUAUGCAAAUGUGCAGAUGGCUUGGGCAGACUUGUCUGGAAAUCCGGCAAGGAGAUCGUUGAGGCCCUUAAGGCCAAGUGCUUCUAAAAACCAUUUG